UAAAACGUCUAUGGUUUGUUGCGCGCGAAAAUUUGACUUUUAUAAUCUGUGCAGUGCAGUGUACUUUAUUUGUUGCAUGUUUUGAAAUUUGUUUGAUUCAAUUUGGAUUUUUUUGGUGUUUUAAUUGGACUUUAUUAUGGUGGUCUGGAUAGUUGGUGAAGGUGUGUCAAAAUGCUAAUAACUAUUGGGCCCAAGGCCCACCGACUUCAAAAGACAUGGUGACGUGCGACAACGCAAGCGCGCCUCUAGGCGGGUUCCGCCUGGGCCCGCGCGACGACGACGCGAGCCGACGUGCGCGCGCGCCGUCCGUCUCGUCGCUCUCCUACAAGCACAAAAUAGACGCCUUGUUCGACGACUCGCGCUCUGUAGCGAGCAACCAGUACGCGCCUGUGCAUCAUCUUGAAAGAGAUUCUAAGGUAAAUUCGACGCACGAAGGCAAAGUAACGAUCUACGAAGAUGACGACGGCUACUGUCAGAGCAAGAUUAGCAAUGCCAACAACACUGUGCAGGAUCGCAUAGAGCGCAUGUUCGCGGACAUGGCGGGCGAGUCCAAGCAGCUGGAGAGCAUCGGCGUGCACCUGUUCAACGUGCACUACCUCGGCUCCACGCCCCUGCACAGCAAGGUCACCUCCCUCUCCGGCCUACAGACACCCCUCAGGGACCUCUACUUCACCUACAGAAGAAAUUACCGCCAUAAAAACGGCCUCAAUGGGCGCCUAGAAAUAUCCAAAAGCGGACUCAAAGUCCGAUAUAAAGGAGACAAAGGCGAUCUAGAACAACUCAACCCAUUCCCCACCAUAGCAGUAUGGUCAGCCGUAAAGUUCGUCGUCCAACCCUCCGAGGAUGAUGACCACGAUCUAUGCUACGCCUUCCUGCCUCUUAUCACCGAUCCUGAUAACAUCGACCGACAAGCCCUUUUCAAAACUUUAGAGUCACCAGACAAAAAGUAUAUCCUCUCCCACAACGAAAACUCGCAUUCACCCCUUUUCGCUGUAGUGAUGAGGAAGAUCGGCGUCGCGAAGCAACUGGAGUGUCAUGGGUUUGUAUGUCAGACGACAGAGGACGCUAUCGUGAUAGCGGCCACGUUAUACAAAUCGCUGAUGGCGCACAUGAGCCGGCAGGGUCACAAUGACAAGAAGAAGCUGAAGAAUCGAAACGGAGUCAGCUGUAUGAGCGUUGGAAGCAGCAUGUCGCCAAACGAAAUACCUAUCAGGCCGCCGCGCAAGAAGAGAAGCACGUCUUCCAUGAGCGGCGACAGUGACCGAGCAGACGGGUUCUCUGCCUGCGAAUCCUUCUCGGAGAAACACAAGUUGGAAAGGACGAAGAAGAUCUCUUCAGAGAGCCUGCCGCGCCCUCCCCCACCUCCGUCGAUCCAUCCCGCCGAUGUUAAGAGAAUUACAGUUGAAGAAGUUAAAGCUAAACUGGAUUCCAUAAAAUAUAACGACACAAGUGGCAGCGAUACGCAGGGCUCUAAAAAGUCCAUGAAGAAACCUCAGAACCCUAGUCUCCGACAGAUACAGAAUCUGAAACACGUGCACAGUAGUGAAUCGUCCGUUCGAAGUAAGGUUUCCGAGAAAAUAGAACUGUUUAGAGAAUUGGAACGAAGGAAAAAUUUACAGAGACCACCGACUUUACCUCCUCCGAUACCUAUGAAGCCGCCUUCGGAAGCGCCGCCGGAGCCGCCCAAGGAGCCGUUGCGGAGAAGUCAGAGUGGACGCAAGUCGAUCAACGAAUCCGGCGACAUAUUGACAAAAGUGGCCAUUCCUCGCUCGGGUAGCUUCCUCAACGCGGGCGGUCUGACUAGGUACAAGUCGAUUGGACACAGAAAUAACGGUAAAAAGGGAGGAGGUUCACCGUUAGGGUUCAAUGAACUUUUUAAUGAAUUCAAAGUUCAGGAGAACUUGCAUUCGAUGGACGAGAUCCUGAACGCCAUAAUAGACGCCGAAGGGAUGUCCUUUAAUGAUCUGAAACCGAUUUACAAAGAAUUCCUACUGAAACUAGCUGUGACCUUGACGAAAGACGAAAUAUUUCAGCACAGCAAAGCGAUCAUGAAGAAACAGAAAAAGAAGAUUUUAAGAAGAAAUAGUAUGUUUCAAAAUAAGAGAAGAAAGAUACUAAAAGGCGCGAGCGGAUUACGAAUGGUCUUCAGGUUACCAUUCGGCAAAAAUGUGAAGAGUAAAGAGAGCAAAAACCCUGGAUCUUUAGACUUAGCUAAAGACCCCCUCUCCGAAAGUUCCGUAUCUACCUCUAGUUACGAUUUGCGGCAGUUUCGCCCCAAGGAGCCGAUUCUACCUCCUCCAAAGCGCCAGCCUUCAAGACAACGACAUUCCAAAAGAUCAGACAAGAUUGUCCAUGUUUCAAAAAGAACUGGAAAGUCUAGACAUGGGGAAAGGACGUCGACGUCAGAAGACUCAGACUUUCUUACCUUGAGUAAUAGGCUAGGAUGUCAGAAUAGGAAUAGUUCUAGCGGUUACGUGUCGUGUUCGGAAUGUGAGUCGGAGAGCUGUGUAGACCGAUGUUAUUGUUCUCUGAAGGGAGGGAGCAAAUCCAAAUGUUAUUGCUCCGUGAUGCCACCUGAAGAGUCUGCGAAGUCCAGGCUUUUGAGCAAAAGCAGAAGCUGUAAGGAAUGUGUAAAGGAAUGUUACGAAGGCGACUUCAGCUACUGCUCCUGUGACUCCGAGAGCUGCGCUGACAGUAACAAGUGUUACUGCCCCGGACCACGCAGAUUACAAGCAGCGCAGAGCAUGGAGUAUCUGCGCAGUCCAGUCAGCUCCUACUGCGAUAGGAUGCAGCCCGAAGACAAGAGUGGCAGAACCAGUAGAUGGGGCGGCAGCGCGGGUGGGCGGCGAAGACGCGCGCGCAGCUCGGAGGGCGUGGCGCUGGACUACGAGCUGCUGCUGCAGAACAAGCCGCGCUACAGGAACAUGCAGCGACUCACUGUCCGCAGCACGGGCGCGGGCUCGCACGAGGCGCUGUCGGUGAAGAAGUCGGCGGAGAUGGCGGCGCUGUUCGCGGACGUGCGCCUGUCGCAGCGCACCGACGUGCGCGCCAUGCGCCGCGCCGCGCUCACCAGGAAUGCCAGCCUUGAGGAUACGCUCGGGUACUUGCCUUAGAUAAUGUAGUUUUUGACAAAUAUCUUGUCAAACUCACGAGAAACGGCAGUCUUGAAGUAACGCUAGGGUAUUUGCCUUAGAUACAGGAUGUAGUUUUUGUCAAGUAUCUUGGUAGAGGGCGUAGUUUUGCCAUGCAAUCCUCACAAGAAAUGCCAGCCUCGAGGAUACGCUCGGGUAUUUACCCUAGAUAGAUGACGUGGCUUUUGUCAAGUAUCCAUCGUCGUACCUACUAUUGAUGCAGGUUUACCGCGACAACCUCACCAGGAACGCCAGCCUAGAAAACACGCUCGGGUACUUACCCUAGAUACGGAAUGUGGUUUUUGGCAAAUCACCUUGAUACGAAGAGUAUUUAUCAUAGUUAAGCACUGAUAAAUAAUUUGACACAGGAAGUAGUUUUUGUCAAAUAAUUUAAUACAGAACGUAGUUUUUGUCAAAUUAGAUUGAUAUGGUGCGCAGCUUUUGGCAAAUAAAUUGUUUUACAGGGCGUAGUUUUUGUCAAAUUACUUGAUACGGAAAGUAGUUUUUGGCAAAUUACUUUUGCCAUUUGUCAAUCAGUUGUUUAAUUUAUUUUUGACUAUUUUGCUGUCACUAGGCUACCAAUUUCGGUAAAACAAUGCGACAAGACUGCAGUAGAGUAUUACUAUUAAAAAAUCACGCAGGCUUCAAUGGUUUAGGGUCCAAUGACAUACAAAUUUUCGGGAUUUUUGUUAAAAUUACGUCCACUGUUCACAAGUAAGUUGCUAAAGGACAAUGCUCAUGAAGUAUGAGAAAAAAACCCAGGCCCGGCGCAAAAGAAAUGUAACUCAAAAUAUAGGUAAAAAUAAGUAAUUAAAUAUUACAUAGGGGGCAUUAUCGAAAUCAGUGGC